GAUCAUUGGUAUAGAAAAAAUGAAGGAAAUCUUAGCGGCUCUAUGCCUCCUAUCCGUCUUGGUUGGCGCUUUAGGCGUCCAGAAAUCGGUUCCAAAAUCGGUUCCCAGAUCCAGUACAGCGGUUCCCAUUUGUCCAGAUGCCCAGAGCAUUCUUCCCUGCCGCUGUCAGCUGGAUUUGGCCCAGCGUCUCAUACUGGAAUGUGUUGGAGUACAGUCCAGUGACCAGCUAGCCCAGGUAUUCCAAGUAGACUUUCCAGAGAAGAAAUUCUACAACCUGUUUCUGGAUGAAAGUCCAGACGUACGAGUCUUGGGUGACAUUUUCAACGACGUUUCUUUUGAAAUAAUAGAGCUCUACAACUCCGGCAUUGAAUUUAUAAGCGAAUACGCCUUCAUUGGCAGCCUGAACAGUCUACGGAGGCUUCACAUAACUUCAAGUCUGCUCCACGAGAACACAUUUCCUUUUCUCACCAUUAAUUCCUACCCAAAUCUAACCGUGCUGGACUUGUUCACAAAUGAAAUAAGCGGCAUUCCGGCACUGUACUCUGCCAGCGUUGAAGCUCUCAGUAUCAGAGAUACUAAAGUGACCUCCAUUAAAGCAGGUACAUUCCAAGGUUUAACCCAAGUAACAAGCAUCAACCUGGAAAAAAGCUUCAUCUCCAGUCUGGAAAAGAGAGCGUUCUGGAACCUGCCUCGUCUGCAGUCACUCAGUCUCUCCGAGAACAGACUCACUAUUUUGGAAGCUGAAACUUUCCAGCUCAUCGACGAUCAUAUGACUAUUUACCUCUGGAAUAAUGACAUAUCCACCAUCCAGCCUGGAGCCUUCAUGCUGCCCUCAACUAACGCAUCUUUUUCCCUAUUUCUGGACCUCGGAGCGAACCAGCUCACUCAGCUGGAUGAAGCCGUGUUUGCUGAGCUCUUCCCUUACUUCGACUUCCUCUUCAUUGCCAGCAAUCCAUUGGAGUGCGGAUGCGAAAUUGCGUGGCUCAUAGAGCGGCCGGAAUGGGUAGCAAAAAUUGGAAAUACGGCGCAGUGCGCUGACGGUGUCCGCAUUGUUGAUCUUGAUCCGCAAUAUUACGCUGACAAUUGCUAAGCAUCUGGAACCCGAAUUACUGAAACUUUUGAAUUGAU